CAGCCAUGUUGAUCGUGGCUAGCACAGGGGCCGGCACCAGGGGGUUUUAGAAGCAGGUGUCAUGAUGUUGUCCACGGUGUUAAGGAGAACCGCGCCGGCGCCGCGGCUCUUCCUCGGGUUACUCAAGUCCCCACCGCUCCAAAACCGGGGAAGUGCUUACGGCCGGAGCAUAAACACCGGAGACCGCGGAGAGCCGCAGCGGCUGAGAGCUGCCGCCUGGGUGCGCCCUGGAGCAUCCUAUAUCUUAUUCCCCGGUCGGGGGGCAGCCACCUGGGGGCGCCGUGGAGAACUCACCGAGAUCUCAUACCUGGCUACCGCCUCGUGGGGACGCGGUAGUAGCCUCGAAGAAACACUCCCGGGACAGGACAGCUGGAAUGGGGUUCCCAACAAGACAGGACUGGGCAUGUGGGCCUUGGCCACGGCGCUGGUGGUUCAUUGCUACAGCAAGAGUCCUUCCAACAAGGAUGCAGCUCUGAUGGAAGCUGCCCGUGCCAACAAUGUGCAGGAAAUCAGAAGGCUAUUGUCGGAAGGUGCAGACGUCAACGCCAGGCACAAACUUGGCUGGACAGCAUUGAUGGUGGCAGCCAUCAGCCGAAAUGACAGUGUGGUGCAGGUCCUGCUUGCUGCUGGAGCUGACCCAAACCUUGGGGAUGAUUUCAGCAGUGUCUACAAGACUGCCAAGGAACAGGGAAUCCAUUCUUUGGAAGUCCUGGUCACUCGAGAGGAUGACUUCAACAACCGGCUAAACAACCGGGCUAGCUUCAAGGGCUGCACGGCCCUGCACUAUGCUGUCCUGGCUGACGACUACCGCAUCGUCAAGGAGCUGCUGGAUGGAGGAGCCAAUCCCCUUCAGAGGAAUGAGAUGGGACACACACCCUUGGAUUAUGCCCGGGAAGGGGAGGUUAUGAAGCUUCUGAAAACCUCCGAGACCAAGUACAUGGAGAAGCAGAGGAAGCGUGAGGCAGAAGAGCGGCGCCGCUUCCCGCUAGAGCAGCGACUGAAGGAACACAUCAUUGGCCAGGAGAGUGCCAUUGCCACCGUGGGUGCAGCGAUCCGGAGGAAGGAGAAUGGCUGGUACGAUGAGGAGCACCCUCUGGUCUUCCUCUUCUUGGGAUCAUCUGGAAUAGGGAAAACUGAGCUGGCCAAGCAGACUGCCAAGUAUAUGCACAAAGAUGCCAAAAAGGGCUUCAUCCGGCUUGACAUGUCUGAGUUCCAGGAGCGACAUGAGGUAGCCAAGUUUAUUGGGUCUCCACCAGGCUACAUUGGCCAUGAAGAGGGUGGCCAGCUGACCAAGAAGCUGAAGCAGUGCCCCAAUGCAGUAGUCCUCUUUGAUGAAGUGGACAAGGCCCAUCCAGAUGUGCUCACCAUUAUGCUGCAGCUGUUUGAUGAGGGCCGCCUGACAGAUGGCAAGGGGAAGACCAUUGAUUGCAAGGAUGCCAUCUUCAUCAUGACUUCCAAUGUAGCCAGUGAUGAGAUCGCCCAGCAUGCAUUGCAGCUGAGGCAGGAAGCUUUGGAGAUGAGCCGAAAUCGAAUUGCCGAGAACCUUGGGGACGUCCAGAUUAGUGACAAGAUCACCAUCUCAAAGAACUUUAAGGAGAAUGUGAUCCGCCCCAUCCUGAAAGCUCACUUCCGGAGAGAUGAGUUUCUGGGGCGGAUCAAUGAGAUCGUCUACUUCCUCCCUUUCUGCCACUCAGAGCUCAUCCAGCUGGUCAACAAGGAACUGAACUUCUGGGCCAAGAGAGCCAAGCAGAGGCACAACAUCACACUGCUGUGGGACCGCGAGGUGGCAGAUGUGUUGGUGGAUGGCUACAAUGUCCACUAUGGCGCACGCUCCAUCAAGCAUGAGGUAGAGCGCCGUGUGGUGAACCAGCUGGCAGCAGCCUAUGAGCAGGACCUUCUACCAGGGGGCUGCACCCUGCGCAUCACUGUGGAGGACUCAGACAAGCACCUCCUCAAGAACCCUGAGCUGCCCUCACCCGAGGCUGAGAAGCGUCCACCACCCACACUGCGUCUGGAGAUCAUUGAUAAGGACAGCAAGACCCGCAAACUGGACAUCCGGGCACCACUCCACCCUGAGAAGGUGUGCUACACCAUCUAGCAUCCACCUGCCUGUAUGUACCCUGAACAUCUAAUAAAGGCCCCUUGCUGUGGCAUGGCAGCUGA